CAUAACUCCACCAGAUAAUGCCAAUACCCUGACGAACAACUCAUACUCUCUCCAUCAAGUCGAAUCAUAUCAAACUAUUUAAUAUUUAAUCCAACAUGACCAACUAUUUGAACGACCCCGCCCUCUAUAUUUAUACCUCUUUGACAGCUGGCUCGUCCCACAUCGUCACAGCCACCUCACGUCUCGAGACCAUUCUACGCGCCAACCGAGUUCCCUUCAAAGCCAUCGAUAUUGCCGUCGACACCAAGGCUCGCUUGCUAUGGGGUCGAAGAGCCGGUAAAGACAAGAGCGGUCGCCCGAGGAAACUUCCUGCCCUGGUUCAGGAGGGCUGGGUUCUAGGUGAUAUUGUUGAAAUCGAAGAAUGGAACGAAUAUGGUGAGCUCAAGGAGCAUGUCACGAUUUACUUUGACGAAUUCACCAUCCCCUCCAUCAACGAUAAACUUCCCGAGCCCCCGCUAAAACGGCCCAUCGACCUCACCGGCGGCCUUCUGGCUUCCAUGACCCCUUCGCCUGUCGCCAAGGCUGUAGCAGCUGCAGCCGCCAGCGCUGCUGCUGCUCCAAAGCCUGCUCCUGCUGCGCCUCCGCUACCGGCAGCCAAGGCCGCCGUGUCUUCUGCGACACCGAAGACUUCUACAGAACCUAAGAAGGAAGAGAAGGCCCUACCUGUCCGAUCCGUCGCCGACGAAGCUGCGCAAAAGGCUAAGGAACUUCGCCUGAAGACUCUGCGAGAAAAGGUUCAUGGUAAGGAUGGUGCGAAGGCUAAGAAGGAGGACACAAGCGCAAAGGACACUGGAAAAUCUAAGGAAUCAGAAACUCCUGCCGCAAAGAUCGAUGGCAUUCAAUCACCAACAUCCGGUUCAUGGGCCGAGACUGAUGCAGGCCGAAACGCUAUUCAGAGCCCGACAAGUGGUACUUGGAAGGAAAGCGGUCCAGGAUCAAUCUCCUCCUUGAAACGAGCCAGUGUGGAGGUGAGCCCAGACGGGGCUAAGGCUGUGGAAGCUAAGACGGCCAUAAAGGAAGAGCCCGGAUUGGAAAAGAAGGCUGAGACAAAGUCGGACGAUGAUGAUUCGGACGACGAUGAGGAUGAGACCGAAGAGGAGGAGGAAGAGGAGGAGGAGGACACUGAUGAGGAUAGUGACGAGGACAGCGAAGAAGAUGAUGAAGACGAAACAGACGAUGAGGAAGAAGAAACUAAGAAGCCUGCGGUAACGCCAGAACCCGAGGCGGCAGCAGCAGCAGCAGAAACUGCAGAGGCUGCCAAAGAUGACAAGCCUAAAGAAGAGUCCGAGAACACCAAGAAAGAGAUCAAGAAAGACUCCCACAAAGACUCGAAGAAAGACUCUAAAAAGGACCACAAGAAAGAUGCCAAGAAAGACACCAAGAAGUCAGUCAAGAAGGAUCCCAAGAAGGACACCAAGAAAGACGUGAAGAAAGACCCCAAGAAGGAUUCCAAGAAGGAUACUAAGAAGGACUCUAAAAAAGAUACCAAGAAAGACACUAAGAAAGAAGUCAAGAAGGAUGCCAAGAAAUAAGAGCGAUUUGGAGCAGAACGAAUCAAGAAUUUUGCACCAAUGUUCUAGUCAGAUGGGGGGAAUAAUAGUGUACAGAGUCUAGUCACACUCAACCGAU